CACUCCUCACUCCCAAAUCAACACCUGUACAUCACAUAACAUACUCUACUCUUCACUCUUCAGUCCCUCCAUUCCAGAAUUCGGCAUUCGAUUUUGGAACUAGGACAAAUUUCAAAAUGCCUUCUUCUUUGCCGAUAUCUUUGUCUGUGGUCUCGGAAUCCAUGGUGUUUCCUGACCAGACCUCCUCCCUAGCAGACCUGAAGCUUUCAGUCUCUGACCUCCCCAUGCUCUCCUGCCACUAUAUCCAAAAGGGUGGCCUCUUCACUAAGCCUUCCUUCCCAAUUGAAUCAUUAAUCUCGCUUUUGAAAAUCGGCCUCUCCCAAACUCUCAGUCGCUUCCCGCCAUUGGCCGGGAGGUUGAUUACUGACAAAGAUGGCUACAUAUACAUCACCUGCAACGACGCCGGAGUCGACUUUAUCCACGCAACGGCGACUGCAUUUUCUGUUUGUGACAUUCUCUCUCCAAAUCACGUCCCGGAGUCGGUGAAGGAUUUCUUCGCAUUGGACAGGACUGUAAGCUACACCGGCCACCACAACCCAAUCCUGGCCGUCCAGGUCACCGAGCUCAAAGACGGAGUCUUCAUCGGUUGCGCAGUCAACCACGCCGUCACGGACGGCACAUCCUUCUGGAACUUCUUCAACACCUUCGCCGAGGUCUGCCGCGGCGGCAAGAGCUUCUCGAGAAAGCCGGACUUCACCCGCGAAUCGAUUCUGAUUUCCAAGGCCGUGCUUCAGUUGCCGGAAGGCGGCCCCAAGGUCACAUUCAACGUCAACGAGCCGUUGGCCGAGAGAAUCUUCAGCUUCAGCAGAGAAGCCAUUCUGAAACUGAAAGCCAGAACCAACAACAAGAAAUGGACCACACAAAACGACGAAAUCGCAACCGCCGCCGAGAUCCUCGGUAAACAAAGCAACGACACCGGUGCCAGAGUAACCGCCAUCAUCGAAAACUGGUUGAUCAAGAAUUCCAAGCCGCAAAUCACGGACCACGUCAAUAACAGAACCGCGGAAAUCUCGUCGUUCCAGUCGCUCUGUGCGCUUCUAUGGAAGGCCGUUACACGCGCCAGGAACUUGCCCGAGUCCAAAACGACGACGUUCAGAAUGGCGGUGAACUGCCGCCACAGGCUGGAGCCGAAGCUGGAGGCGUACUACUUCGGGAACGCAAUCCAAAGCAUCCCGACGUACGCGUCAGCCGGUGACGUGGCGGCUCGUGAUCUGAGGUGGUGCGCGGAGCAGCUGAACGAGAACGUGACGGCGCACGGUAAUGAUAGGGUGAGGGAGUGCGUAGAGGAUUGGGAGAAGAACCCAAGGGUGUUUCCGCUGGGGAACUUUGACGGUGCAUCAAUGACGAUGGGCAGCUCGCCCAGGUUUCCGAUGUACGAUAACGAUUUCGGGUGGGGCCGGCCGUUGGCCGUUAGGAGCGGGAGGGCGAAUAAAUUCGACGGCAAAAUCUCGGCUUUUCCGGGGAGGGAUGGAGCUGGGACGGUUGAUCUGGAGGUGGUUUUGGCGCCGGGAACGAUGUCCUUGUUGGAGUCUGAUUUGGAGUUCAUGCAAUAUGUGUCAAAUUAA